GCAGCGGCCGGCGGCGGUACUCCGCGGUACAACGCCAUCUUCAACCUGGGCGACUCGACGUCGGACACCGGCAACAUCUGCCCCCGGGGCCGGCACGAGCCGGCCGGCGUGCUGGGCAUCUUCGCCCGCAUCCCCUACGGCAUCACCUACUUCGGCAAGCCCAGCUGCCGCUGCUGCGACGGCCGCCUCAACGUCGACUUCCUCGCGCAAGCGUUAGGGCUGCCGCUCCUCCCGCCGUCCAAGGCGCGCGGCGAGGACUUCCGGCGGGGCGCCAACAUGGCCAUGAUCGGCGGCACCGCGCGCGACUACAGCGGCAGCAGCAUGUUCACCGGCUACGGCGUGCACCUCGACGGCUCCAUGGACAGCCAGAUGGAGGCCCUCCGCCGGCUGCUGCCUUCCAUCUGCGGGACACGGCAGAGUUGCAAGGAGUAUUUGGCCAAGUCCCUGUUUGUGUUUCAGUUGGGGGAGAACGACUACAACAUCCAGCUGGUGAAUGGGUCCACGGUGCACGAGGCAAGAAAGAGCAUACCCAGCAUAGUCAACACCAUCACAUCCGGCGUAGAGAAAUUAAUCGCUCUCGGCGCGGUUGACAUCGUGGUGUCAAACGUUGCUCCCAUGGGGUGCUACCCGCUAUACCUAAACUUCUUUGAGAGCUCCGACAAGGAUGACUACAACGAGUACGGGUGCCUGAGAAACCACAACGCCUUGUUUGAUAGGCACAACUCUUUCCUCAAGAACGGGCUCAAAAAGCUUCAAAAGAAGCAUCAACACACAAGGAUCAUGCAUGCUGACCUCGCGAGCCACGUCUACCAAAUGGUGCAGGAUCCCAAAAGGUUUGGCUUUGGUAUUGAGACCAUACUUAUGGGAUGUUGUGGAAAGGCCAAUGCGCCAAACGGAUUUGAUCUGCUUGCAAUGUGCGGGAUGGAUGGCUCGAGCAUCUGCCGUGACCCGGGCAGCCACCUAACCUGGGACGGUAUGCACCUUAGCGACGCUGCCAACAAACUGAUCACCGAGGGCUGGCUAAGUGGCAUGUACUGCAACCCAUCGAUUCUGCAGUGAAGCUCCUUGCCAAAAUGUGUACAUAGAUACACGCACACACGGGCAAACUUUUAUAGAACUAUGCGCACUUGUACCCCAAAGUUUGAAAUAAUAUUGAAAUAUGUUAUAUGUUAUAUUGAAAUAUGUUAUAUUAUUUGUGGGGUUAGAUGCAUCUUGUAUUUGUGAAGUAUUAAGAAUAUAGUUGUAUUUUUAUAAAGUAUUAAGAAUAAAGUUGUAUUUAUAUGA